AUGCCAUUCAACUUGAAUACUCUCGUUAGACCGAACAUUCUUGCACUGGAGCCUUAUCGUUGUGCAAGAGACGACUUCAAAGAAGGGAUCUUGCUCGAUGCCAAUGAGAAUGCACAUGGACCAGCCAUCCAAGACUUGGACGAUGAGGAGCAGUUGCUCCAAUUGCACCGUUACCCAGACCCUCAUCAGCUGGAGCUGAAAAAACUCAUUGUGGAGUUCAGAAAUGCUGAGAACGUAUUUGACGUUGAUAAGCAAGAUAUCAUCACCCCGGAAAACCUGUGCUUAGGUGUUGGUUCAGAUGAGAGCAUUGACGCCCUGAUCAGAACGGUAUGUCGUCCUACCAAGGAUAAGCUGCUUAUUUGUCCUCCAACCUAUGGUAUGUACUCCAUCUGUGCCACGAUUAACGAGGUUGAGAUUGUGAAAGUGCCAUUGAACCUGGAUACUUUCCAAAUCGAUCCAGAAGAGAUAAACAAGGCCAUUGCAAACGAUCCAACAAUCAAGAUUGUAUACAUCACAACUCCGGGGAACCCUACCGGUACACUGAUCGAUUUCAAGCUCAUUGAAAAAGUGUUAAAUAAUGAAAACUUCAACGGUGUUGUUGUUGCUGACGAGGCAUACGUUGAUUUUGCACCAGUUGGUUCCUCAUUGGCAACCCUUGUAAACAAGUACCCAAACUUGGUUGUCAUGCAGACCCUAUCCAAGUCUUUUGGGUUGGCAGCCAUUAGAUUGGGUAUUACUUUUGCUACAAAGAGAUUGGCUGGUAUCUUGAAUGCUCUGAAGGCCCCUUACAACAUUUCCACGUUGACAUCUUCUGUUGCGACCAGAGCUGUUUCUCCACAGAGUAUCAAACAUAUGAGAGAAGUAGUUCAACUGUUGAAUUCUGAGAGAUCAAGACUAGUGGAUGAGCUAUUGAAAUUCCCAAAUGUUUCAAAAUUGCUGGGUGGUGAAUCUGCAAAUUUCUUACUCGUUCAAGUUGUUGAUAAGAAAGGCGACCCUUCAAGUGAAGAUGCGAAAUACAUCUAUGAAAAAUUGGCCACUACAAAAGGCGUUGUGAUUAGAUAUAGAGGUAACGAACUUGGCUGUCCUGGUGGGCUGAGAAUCACUGUUGGUACGAAGGAGGAGAACGACAUUCUGCUUGAAAAAUUCCAAGAUGUUAGCAAAGACCUACUAUAA